ACUCCACAACCAGUUGAUAUCAAUACUUGGAACCUUGUGGUAUAAGAAACAGGGAUGUCUGUUCCACGCGAGCCGUUCAUAGAGGCCCACUCCUCCUGGAACCAUCAUAGACAAGGAUAAUUCGUUUUCUUCUUGUUUUUUGUUUGUUUAUUUAUUUGCGUCCACUCUAAGACCACUUCUCUGGAAAUAAAGAUUUAUACAAACCAUUCCCAUAGACUAAAGCCGAUGCUAGCGUUUAUCAUCUUGAUCUAUGUCACAAUGACUAAUGAGUAUUUCUCUCUGGCUGAUGGGAAUUACAAAUCAAGCAAUCUUCGAUUUGAUUGGCGCUACAUUUAAUAUGAGUGUGAGUAAAACCUGAGACUCCCCCAUGGCAGUAAGCACAACCUAUAUUGGUAUCAACGUCACCUUCUAUCAACAUGAAGAGGAUAGCUCCGUCAGAUCUAUGGCCAUGUUUGCAGUCAAGUAUCUGCAGCCAUCGAUAUGUCUCUUCGGCUUCAUCGGCAACAUUCUUUCAUUCUGUGUCUUCAUGACCAAGAAGAUGAGGACGGUGUCCACCAACGUCUACCUGGCAGCUCUGGCGGCCAGCAACUUCCUGUUUUUGGUGUCCCUCUCCUUUACCUGGCUGGACAUCAUCCAGAUCUCGUGGAUACACACCAACAUCGUCUGCCAGGUGAACGUGUACAUCUCGUACUGUUGUAGUUUUCUCUCGACAUGGCUCGUUGUUUGCGUCACAUGGGAGAACUUCCUCAUUAACUUCUCUCUGGUCAAGGCGUCCAGUCUCUGCACGGUGUCCAAAGCGAAAGUAGCCGUCUUGGGCCUGGUGGUCAUCUCCGCACUGCUCUACGACUUCGCCCUGUGGACCAGCGCUGUAGUGAAGCAGGGAGAAAACUGGUACUGCUCCACCCUCCAGGAGUUCGUCAACGCCAUGUACAUCCUGACCUACGUGGACACAGUCAUCACCCUGGUCAUCCCUACCACAAUCAUGCUGGUCCUCGUCGUGCCGUCCUGCGUGAAGAACCUGGUCAUGAGCAGGCAGGGCAAGGCCUCCGUUCGGCCGCUCAUGUCCCGCCGGCACCGGUCCCUCCUCCGGGUCUCCAGGCUCCUCUGCGUCAUCACGGGGUCGUUCAUCGUCUUCACGGCCCCCAGCCACAUCCACAAGAUCGUGGCCGUGAUCAACAGCAUCAUUCCGGACAACUUAGGCAGCAACAUGACGAACAUGACCCAAGUGGACCCCAGCAGGAUGUACAGCCAGUACUUCUACGAGACCUGCUACUACUUCAGCCUCUCCUCCAAUGUCAUCUACUUCCUGAUCUGGGGCAAGAACUUCCGGAAAGAAAUUUUAAAAUUGUGUAAAAAGUUUUGUUCCGUAUUCAUGAGAAAAAAAAGAGUCCGGUAAAACUGGAUGUUGGAUUGUCUACCUUUUUGUGAUCGCUGAAUGACGAUGCUGUUUCGUUAAAUUUCUGGUUGACCCACAAAUCUUUUUUUUAAAAAAUAAUAAUGUGCUUUGUUGUCAUUUUCUGCCUUGAUCUAGCCGGUGAGAAAUGUUUGCGAGAUUGGAUAUUCAAACAUUUGGCUCAUCAUAACCUCCAGUGUAUAUAUUUGUUUUUUUCUAUGGGCUUAUAUUCAUGAUUAAAUAACAAAUAGUAGAAUCAUUUUCAGUGCAUAAAAGUUGAUUACAUCUGGGAACAAUAGCGAAAGUUAGUUGAACAGUAACCAUAGUCUGCAAAGGACAGAGCAAUUACAGAAAGUGAUUUCAUUACACACUGACACAUAUAUACAUAUUUCUCAUCGGACAAAGACGUGUCUUGCUUUACAAAGCCUCCUGUCUAUAGAAAUAGAACUUCCUGGUUUUGACAGAGAAUUUUUUUGUUUACUGGAUGAGUGUGGAGAAGGCAUGAGAAAGAAUAAAAUGGCGAGAGAGAAUGACGAAAC